GCGGCCCUGCGGUCGAGGGCGCGGCCCCACCGCCGGCUGCGCUCGGGGGAGCCGCUUCAGCGUGCAGUGCUGCUUUGGAGAUGUAAUGUCUGCUGAACUACAGAAAAAUGAUCAGAAGUCUGCUGCGGUAGUUCUUGAGAUCUGCACCGCUCUGCUCCAGAGCAGCACCACAAUAACCAAACCAGACGCAGGAACAACUCUGGAUGCAACUGUACCAGAAACAGCUACUGUGAGCCCUGAGACUACUAGCUUCAACAGCACCAAAAUCCCAGAUGUGGCCAGCAGCGGACCCAGCAUGAGCGCCAUGCUGCUGUCCUUUGGGAUCAUUACUGUGAUUGGGUUGGCUGUAGCUAUGGUUCUGUAUAUCAGGAAGAGAAAGAGGUUGGAGAAGCUACGACACCAGCUCAUGCCAAUGUACAACUUUGAUCCCACUGAAGAACAGGAUGAACUGGAGCAGGAGCUCCUUGAACAUGGGCGAGAUGCAGCAUCUUCCCAGGCAUCACAGAGCAAGUUCCAGGAGCAGGAAUUCUUCCCAACAUGCCUCAGUUUUCACAUACUUGACACUUUCAGGUUCUGCUGACGAGCCAAGGAGCCCUCCAAAGACCCAGCCGUCUUGUGUUCACAGACGUUGCCAAUGCCAUUAAUGCAUGAACAGU